AUGUCUCGUUUGUCAGGCCUACACGUCCCGCGUGGCUCUUGCCAGUUAGCGUUGCUGCUGUUACCUCUCCUGCUCGGCCCCAGUUCGGUUCUCGCCAUCUCCUUCCACCUGCCCAUCAACUCCCGUAAGUGCCUCCGCGAGGAGAUCCACAAGGACCUGCUGGUGACCGGCGCCUACGAGAUCACCGACCAAUCUGGGGGCGCGGGCGGCCUGCGCACCCACCUCAAGAUCACAGAUUCUGCUGGCCAUAUUCUAUACUCCAAGGAGGAUGCAACCAAGGGAAAAUUUGCCUUUACCACUGAAGAUUAUGACAUGUUCGAAGUGUGUUUUGAGAGCAAGGGAACAGGGCGGUUACCUGACCAACUCGUGAUCCUGGACAUGAAGCAUGGAGUGGAGGCGAAAAAUUAUGAAGAGAUUGCAAAAGUUGAGAAGCUCAAACCCUUAGAGGUAGAGCUACGACGCCUGGAAGACCUGUCGGAAUCUAUCGUUAAUGAUUUUGCCUACAUGAAGAAACGAGAGGAGGAGAUGCGCGAUACCAAUGAAUCAACAAACACUCGGGUCCUAUACUUCAGCAUCUUUUCAAUGUUCUGUCUCAUUGGACUAGCCACUUGGCAGGUCUUCUACCUUCGCCGCUUCUUCAAGGCCAAGAAGUUGAUUGAGUAA